AUGAUGAGCCUCUUCCCCUCCUCCUUGGAAGGCCCUGGGCGAGUGGUUCAAAUAGGAGCCCCGGGCAGGGAGAGUGAUGCCCUAGUUGGUCUCUUCUUCCAGCGAAUUAAAGAACGACCCCGCGGCCAUAGACACAGCAACUAGGUAGGGAGGGGAAAUUCCUUCCUGAGGUAACUGGUUCAUGAUGCCUGGGGGUUCCACGGUCUCCUUCAGUGGCGUGGACACUUGCCUCUCAUCUCUGAAAACCUGCCAGACCUACAUAAGCACUGGAAUGGAUAUUGUUACAAAUGUCGCUCUUGACCUUGUGGAAAGUCACAAUGACAUGGAAGAGAUUAACAAAAUGGAAACGGUGAUGUUGGAAUAUGCUGCAGUGAGCAGAGAAGUGAACCAUUACAUUGAGGCUGUUCAAGAUACUGUAAAUCAGAUAAAGCGAGACAAACCACAAACACUACCAGAUCUGAAAGAUGUAGUCCACGAGAAGUUUACUGCCCUGGAAAGUACCAACAGUGACCUUGAUCUGCACAGAAAUGAAAAAAUAAUCCAUUUUAAGGAGCAGCUCGAGCAAAUGAAAGCUCAAUUUGGUCUCCAGUCAGACGCAGAAGAGAACGAGGUGCUUGAACAAGUUGACGAGGACAUUGCAGUGACACAGAGUCAGCUGUUCUUCAUAUGUCCCAUCACACAGGAAGAAAUGAAGAAACCAGUCAAGAAUAAAAACUGUGGUCACAUCUAUGAGGAAGAGGCCAUCCUGGGAAUGAUUCAACACAAGCAGCAGCGUAAGAAGAAGGCAUGCUGUCCCAAAAUUGGCUGCAACAACCGUGAAGUCAAGAGAUCAGACCUGGUGCCCCAUGAAGUCCUUAAAAGAGCAAUCGGCAGUCAGAGUAAACAGAGCCGGUCAACACAGUAGAAGUCAGCUGGCGCUCUGCUGGUUGUUCCGCCAAAGAAAAUGUGGUGUUAGAAGAGGUCGCCAGAGAUAAGUUGCUGAUUGUCAGAUGAUUGUGUAACCAAUUGUUGUUUAAAGUAUUCCAAUUGCAGGCAAAGUUGAAGGUCUGACCUGUCACUGAAAGCAUUUUUGUUGCUGUUAGAGACUGCCAAGUGUAAAAUACUGCCAUUCAACUUGCUUUUCUUUCUUUUUUACAUUUCAUCCUGCAUUUUGUAUCUUACCUUUUAUAAAUAAAAAUUUGAGUUUUUUCCCUUC